AUGGAAAAACUACAUGAAUAUCAAGGUUUUACUGGUCGAUUACAUCAAUGGCGUGACAAUAUAAAAGAAAGUUUUUCAAAUUUCCGCGAUCAAAACCCAAACAAUAUUGUAGAAUUGGCAAAAACAUCAGCCACCGAUCAGUUAAAGGGCAAUGCCAGUGCAGAUCAGGAUUAUUCCCACAUUUACAGACAUAAAUCUCGCAUGGAAUUAGUUCGUGUGUCAGCUGCUGUGAUGGGUAUUGAGUUUUCAUACGCUGCUGAGACGGCAUUCGUGUCACCCACCCUUUUAAAGAUUGGCGUUGAACACCAACACAUGACGCUAGUUUGGGCAUUAUCGCCUCUAGUUGGUUUCUUCCUAACACCCAUUCUCGGUUCGAUGAGCGACCGUUGCAAACUGAAUAUGGGACGCAGAAGACCGUUCAUUAUUCUCUUGUCUAUUGGUGUUUUUCUUGGAUUACUAUUGGUACCCAAUGGUGAGGAUUUGGGUUAUUUAUUUGGUGACAUUGAUCCACACAUUCAAAUCUCUGCCAUGAAUUUAACACUAAAUGGCACGGCGCACAAUAACAUAAAUGUUUCGCCACAUCGUGCAACAGCAUCGAAAACAGAGCUGGGAGCCGUACAAAAGACAUCACAUCCGUGGGGAAUAUUUUUCACUGUACUUGGCACUGUUCUAUUGGAUUUUGAUGCUGAUGCUUGCCAAAGCCCAUCUCGAGCCUAUCUCUUGGAUGUCUGUGUACCAGAUGAUCAUGCCAAAGGUCUUUCAACAUUUACGAUAAUGGCUGGACUUGGAGGCUUUAUGGGCUACUCAAUGGGUGGUAUAAAUUGGGAUGAUACGUCACUUGGUCGACGAUUAGGGGGUCAUGUCAAAGCAGUUUUCACGAUUAUAACAUUCAUAUUUAUCGCGUGUGUGUCAUUCACAGUGACUAGUUUUAAGGAAAUUCCACUAUGGGCCUUAACACCACCCAAGGCAUCUAAAUCAGCUCGAACAGAAACGGAUCAUCUCCAAGAUGGAGCUAUCAACUAUGGAACACUAGAAAAUACUGAAUACAACUCAUCUGAGCUAAAUGAAAAUCCAUUUAAUAAGCUGACGUCUGACGAUGUCCAACAGCAAUCGGAUUAUUUUAAGAGCAAUGUAGAUGGCAACGAAAUAGGGGAGACUUCAUUUACAACAACGGAUGAUAGUCAACCACAGCAGCAGGAAACAUACCCCAACAUUAACGAAAGUGAGAAUGUUGCAGCGGAACAACCUGUUGAAAAGCUGUCACACUAUUUGCUCUCCAUUGUUUAUAUGCCACACUCUUUGCGAAUGGUAUGCCUGACAAAUCUCUUCUGUUGGAUGGCUCAUGUCUGCUACUCUUUGUAUUUUACGGAUUUUGUGGGAGAAGCUGUAUUCAACGGAGACCCCAAGGCUCUUGAAGGCUCGGAAGCACAAGUCUUGUACGAAGAAGGUGUACGGUUCGGUUGCUGGGGUAUGGCAAUGUACUCAUUGUCAUGUGCUUGCUACUCAUUUGUCAUCGAAAGACUUAUACAACGUUUUAAGGCCAGGAAUGUUUAUGUUGGCGGUCUUUUAUUUUAUUGCACUGGGAUGUGUUUAAUGGCUCUUACACGUGCAAAGACAAGUGUUAUUAUCUUUAGUUGGGCCGCAGGUGUUAUGUAUUCAACUCUAUUUACAAUGCCGUAUCUUUUGGUGGCUCAUUACCAUUCCAUGGGGACUUUUGAACUUGAUGUUGACGGUACUGCCAAACUCGGUUCAUCAGUUCGAGGACUGGGUACUGAUGUGGCCAUUGUCAGUAGUAUGGUAUUUCUGGCGCAAUUCAUAUUAUCGAUAUGCAUGGGAACAAUUGUCUCUGUGUCUGGAACAACAACUGCUGUUGUGAGUACAGCAAGUUUUCUCAGUUUCUGUGGAGCUGUAUCCGCAACCCAAAUAAUGUAUUUAGAUUUAUAAAUUAAUAAUGUAUAUGUAGUAUAUUUAAAUUAAUAUAUGUAAAAGUACGUACAUACACA